AUGGCCUCCAUGGGGCUGCAGGUGCUGGGCAUCGCCCUGUCCGUCAUCGGCUGGCUGGCGUCCGUCCUCUGCUGCGCGCUGCCCAUGUGGCGCGAGACCGCCUUCGUGGGCAACAACAUCGUGGUGGCUCAGAUCAUCUGGGAAGGGCUGUGGAUGAACUGCGUGGUGCAGAGCACGGGGCAGAUGCAGUGCCGGGUGUACGACUCCAUGCUGGCCCUGCCGCAGGACCUGCAGGCUGCCCGCGCGCUGCUGGUGGUGGCCAUCGUGCUGGCCGUGCUGGGCACGCUGCUCGCCAUCGCCGGCGGCAAGUGCACCACCUGCGUGGAGGACGAGACGGCCAAAGCCAAGGUGAUGAUUCUCUCCGGCAUCACCUUCAUCGUCGCCGGCGUCCUCAUCCUCAUCCCCAUCUGCUGGUCGGCCAACGCCAUCAUCCGGGACUUCUACGACCCGCUGGUGGCCGACUCCCAGAAGAGGGAGCUGGGCUCGUCGCUUUACGUGGGCUGGGCGGCCUCCGCGCUGCUGUUGCUGGGGGGGGCCAUGCUGUGCUGCACCUGCCCGCCGCGCGGUGAGAAGCCCUACUCCGCCAAGUACAGCGCGGCUCGCUCGCUGCCGGCCAGCAACUACGUGUAG